AUGGCGCCGGACCCCGAGGAUGAGAUCAAGGACGAGAAGAAUCCUCGCCCUCUCGAUGAGGACGAUAUUGCUCUUCUCAAGACUUAUGGGUUGGGACCUUACUCAACCUAUAUCAAGAAGGUAGAGAAAGAAAUCAAGGAUAUGGCAAAGAAGGUCAAUGAUUUAUGUGGUAUUAAGGAGUCUGACACCGGUUUAGCAGCUCCAAGCCAGUGGGAUCUUGUAUCUGAUAAGCAAAUGAUGCAGGAAGAGCAGCCUCUUCAGGUGGCGAGAUGCACAAAGAUCAUCAAUCCAAAUUCUGAAGAUGCCAAAUAUGUUAUUAAUGUUAAGCAAAUUGCCAAGUUUGUUGUUGGACUCGGUGACAAAGUUUCGCCAACAGACAUAGAAGAAGGCAUGCGUGUAGGUGUUGAUAGAAAUAAAUAUCAGAUUCAAAUUCCUUUGCCUCCCAAAAUUGAUCCAAGUGUGACCAUGAUGACGGUAGAAGAAAAACCUGACGUGACCUACAACGAUGUUGGUGGAUGUAAGGAGCAGAUAGAGAAAAUGCGAGAGGUUGUUGAGUUGCCUAUGCUUCAUCCUGAGAAAUUUGUAAAGCUUGGAAUUGAUCCUCCAAAAGGAGUUCUUUGCUAUGGUCCCCCUGGAACAGGCAAAACACUUCUAGCACGUGCUGUAGCUAACAGAACAGAUGCCUGUUUCAUUCGUGUUAUUGGAAGUGAACUUGUUCAAAAAUACGUUGGUGAGGGGGCUCGGAUGGUCAGAGAACUAUUUCAGAUGGCACGCUCCAAAAAGGCUUGCAUAGUGUUUUUCGAUGAAGUUGAUGCCAUAGGAGGUGCUCGUUUUGAUGAUGGUGUUGGUGGUGACAAUGAGGUCCAACGUACUAUGCUUGAAAUUGUGAAUCAACUAGAUGGCUUUGAUGCACGUGGUAACAUCAAAGUUCUGAUGGCAACAAAUAGGCCUGAUACACUCGAUCCAGCUCUGUUACGACCUGGAAGGCUUGAUCGCAAGGUUGAGUUUGGACUUCCUGAUUUGGAGAGCAGGACACAGAUUUUUAAAAUCCAUACAAGGACCAUGAAUUGUGAGAGGGACAUCCGGUUUGAACUCUUGGCUAGGCUUUGCCCGAAUUCUACAGGGGCCGAUAUUAGGAGUGUCUGCACGGAAGCUGGAAUGUAUGCCAUCCGAGCUCGAAGGAAGACCGUGACAGAGAAGGACUUCCUUGAUGCAGUGAACAAGGUGAUCAAGGGAUAUCAAAAGUUCAGUGCAACCCCCAAGUAUAUGGUCUACAAUUGAGGCUGGAGUUUCCCCCUCAUUCCUUUUAGAAAAAGAAAACAUGGGGAGGUGUACCAAGUGGUCAUUCAUUUAUCUUCUGUACAACUGAUUAAACUGCAGGGCCUAUUUUCUUCCCCAUAAUGUUGCAGAACCCCCUUGUUCCUUUGUUUGCAUAAUUGUGAUUUUUGGUAUAACCUUUUGUUUUUAUUUGGGCACCACUUUGCUUGAUCUAUCACCGAUUUAUUGGGCUAAACCAGAGUAACAGGGUUUUGUUGUUGAAGACCUCCGUUUGUCUAA